CUUCAAUUAUAACACCCGCACUGCGAGAUCCUUGUUCUGGCAUAAUCGACGUCGCAAUGCGUUCUAACGCUGCUGUUUCGUUUCUCUUGCUGCUCGUCACUCUUUCCAGCACAGUCCGCUAUCUGCCGGUAGCUCAACAAGAGCCAGAAAUCAAUGAACUAGGAUCCGGAACGGAAACGCAAGACCUCAUCGAUAUCGACUGCCUCAAUGAUCUGCAACUAAGAACUCAGCCUAUUUGCAUCGAGAAAGUCUAUGCUGCAGCCAUGACGUCGCCCAAAAUGUGGGCAGGAUCACACGACCAGCACCUCUUUGCCUUCAGCUACAAGACCAACGGUCCCUAUCUCAAUACCACAGAAUGGCUGCUGCCGCAAAGCAAAGGUCCCUACAAUCUUAUUGCGCAGAAGGGAGAUAUAUGGGAGCUAAACGUAACUAGGGAAGAAAAUGAAACCCUUUGUAUCGAUCGAUGCGAUGUGGGAAACAUGUCCUACCGUGAAAACUCAAACGACGGCUGGCAUAUUGAUACAGCGUUCACUGUUGCUGCAUUCAGCGACGCGCGCUACCGCCUCCUCAGUGCAGACGUCAACGUGAGACAAUGGGUGGAUGGAAAUCGAGGUGAACGGUCCAAGCAGCUUGAUCUCAACAGAAAAGCUGUCGAAACCUGUGAAAGUGCUGCAAGCCAGUGUGUUGACAAACUCUAUGUUUUGUCUGUUAUUUCCGGAAAACAGCCAGAUGGCUUGAACAGGGUGAAAGGGCUCAAACUCAGAGUGUCCAACGGUACAAGCAAUAUAACAGUUAGGCUUCCCAAGCGUCGCGGAGACAUCAAUGAUAAAGGUAUCAGAGCUGAGAUGUGGGAAGUCGAGUCCGAAUCACUGUCGUCUGAAUCUCAGUGUAGGGAAGUCGAGUCCGAAUCACUGUCGUCUGAAUCUCAGUGUAGGGAAGUCGAGUCCGAAUCACUGUCGUCUGAAUCUCAGUGCAUUGAAUUUAAUGGCGUCAAAGAGAUUGCCUUCACAACGACCGCUAAAUACCGCUACUACAGAGUACAGUCGGCAUUCGUGGUCGCUCGGUUGAAUUCGGGCAAGUUUUCUUUACUGGCUGCUUUUGUCGAUCCCAUUUCGUGUACAGAAGUGGAUCGCUUCAACGAACUGCAGUUUGGUCUCUACAAUAACUGUUAGAGAACAAGAGAGCAUGUAUUUGCAGUGUUUUUGAGGUCUGUAGGAACCUUUGUCAGUGUCUGUGUUUGUCCAUGGUAAAAUGUCCAACAAACGUUUAUCAGA